AAACAUAUUUGUAGGUUAUGUAUGUCUUUGUUCUAUAUUUUAUAUAAAAAUAAUAAGAAAAAAUGGAAAACGACAUUGUUUAUGACGAACAUCGUAAUUGUAUUACAAAUGAAAACGGAGAUAUACUCGUGCAAGAUAAGUCGGGUAAGUUUACAAUACUUUGGUUGAAGGUAUUAAAAUUAGAAGUAUUAUAGGUAUUCAGUUGAAAUGGUUGCCAAGAGAAUUGUUAAAUACUGAUCAAACAAAUGAAAAUAAUGAUAUUAAGAAUAAUCCAGCUACACAAUCCACCACAGAAACACGACGGACAUAUAAUGGUACAUUAAUGUUGGUUGAUGCCUAUAAGAAAAAUGAGCAAUUGUUUCAAUCAUCAACAAUACGCAAUGACACAGUGUGGAAAAUGAUUUCGGAAAAAUUGAAAGCAAAUAAUUUAAACUUUGGUGCUUCACAAUGUGAAAAUAAAUUUAAGAAUUUAAAAAGAAGAUAUCAGAAGAAAAAAGAUAAUAUGAAGCCGACAGCGUCGGGGGCAGCAGUGAUAAAAUUCGAAUUUUAUAAUGAAAUGGAAGAGCUUUUUGGCAAAAAACCAAACAUAGAACCACUAGCAAUAGCUUCAUCAAGCAGAGAGAAUAUAGUGCAAAACAACUCUUUAAUUGAGAAAGAUCUAGAUAGCGAUAGCAGCAGUAGUAGCAAGAAAAGAAAACGUGAGGGAAGUGAAAAGACUAAACAAAAAAAAAAGAAAACAAAAUCUGACAAAUUGAUUGAAGAAUUAAACAGAAUGGAGAAUAAUAGAGAAGAAAGAAGAAGGAAAAGACAUGAGGAAAUGAUGAACUCUCAAUUAAGAGUUCUAAAAGUGUUUGAGGAAACGAUGAACAAACUUAUAGAAAAAUUGUAGAUUUAGACUACUGAGAUAGGAGAAUUCCUUUUUAUUUGAAGA